UGCGCGCGCGGGGCGCGCCUGCGCCGACGGCGGCCCGCUGACAGAUUGGCGGCGGCGGCCCCGGACUGCGGGCAUGGGCGUCCGCGGGCCCUGACGGAGCACCGCCCCCGCCCGCCUGGCCGCCGACAUGGCUCAGGAGAAGAUGGAGCUGGACCUGGAGCUGCCUGCGGGCGCGGCGGAGGGCGGCGGCGGCGGGGCCCUGCGGAGGUCGAACAGCGCCCCCCUGAUCCACGGCCUCAGUGACACCUCGCCCGUGUUCCAGGCCGAGGCGCCGAGCGCCCGCAGGAACAGCACGACGUUCCCGAGCCGCCACGGCCUGCUGCUGCCCGCCUCGCCGGUCCGCAUGCACAGCAGCCGCCUGCACCAGAUCAAGCAGGAGGAGGGCAUGGACCUCAUCAACCGCGAGACGGUGCACGAGCGCGAGGUGCAGACCGCAAUGCAGAUCAGCCACUCGUGGGAGGAAACUUUCAGCCUGAGCGACAACGACGCCGAGAAGGCGGCGUCCCCGAAGCGCGUCGACUUCAUGCCGGUGUCGCCGGCGCCGUCGCCCACCCGCGGCAUCGGGAAGCAGUGCUUCUCGCCCUCCCUGCAGAGUUUCGUGAGCAGCAACGGAUUGCCGCCGAGCCCCAUCCCCAGCCCCACGACCCGGUUCACGACGCGGCGGAGCCAGAGUCCCAUCAACUGCAUCAGACCCAGCGUGCUCGGACCCUUGAAAAGGAAAUGUGAAGCGGAGACUGAGUAUCAGCCAAAGAGGUUCUUCCAGGGCAUCACCAACAUGCUGUCCUCCGACGUGGCCCAGCUGUCAGAUCCCGGCGUGUGCGGCUCGUCCGACACCCUGGACGGGAACGGCAGCAGCGCCGGCUCGUCCUGUAACUCCCCAGCGAAAGUCAGCACCAGCACCGACUCGCCGGCGUCCCCGGCGGCCUCCCCGUUCCUGCCCCUGGAUGAGCUGCCCUCCAAGUGAUUCCCUCGGACUUGGGGCGGGGCUUGGUUAGAGAAACCAAGUUGUUGGAGCAAGCACUGAACUUUGUCAAUUCAUUGGAAGCUGUUUCCUAUAUUUGACUCUCCCCUCCCCUACUUUUGUUUUUUUUUUUUUUUUAAUUUCCUGAAAUGUUAUUCUAGAGACCUUCUGUGUCAGGUUCCUGCGGAUACCCUUGAAUUCAGUGUAGUAAUUUUUGGACGUUUUCCUGUACGUGUGUUGAGGCAUACAUCUUUACGCUGCUAAUAUGUCUAAAUACAUGUGUUGUCCCUUGAUUUUUUUUAAAUAAUUGAGAGCUCUAUUUAUUUAUGGGAUUAUUAAGUUCUGAUGAAAAAUAUAAAUGUUGAAUUAAUCAGCAUAGUAAAGUGAUGUUUUAAGAAUUCCGUAAUCCCUGCACACACUAACUUUAAUGUUAUUUUCAGUGAUUGCCAAUUUCCGUUUGCUAAAGAACAGUAACUUACCUAUUUAUAGCUGUUAAAAACUGUUCGAUAUAUCCUGAAUGUGGAAUCCUUAGGCAGUGGAUUUUCUGGGUUCAGAGAUGGAUAGGAGGGCUGAUCAAAGAACAACUUAGGAAAGUUUGCAACAAGUCUGUUAAGUAUAUGAAAGUAAACAUAUUUAAGAAAAAACAUUUUCUAAUGACAUUUUAAUAGUAAUGCUAGCAGGUCGUACAAAUAUACCUAGUCUACAGAAAAUGAAAAAUUUCUAAUUCUGUGUUCUAACCAGGACGUCUUUUCUCUUGGGUGUAACCCUCAAGGCACUCCGGGACAGUGCCUUGCAGGUGUAAGCUGCUGUAGGUGGCUGAGGUCCGGGUCUAGGGAAUGUGUGGGGAGCCUGUCUGACCUGGGUCGGAGGCAGGCAGAGCUCUGUCCAUUCAUCAGUGUGCUUUAGCACACCCGCUUGUGCCUCGGCUUGAAAAUUCUUGCCAAUGAGUGGCCAGAGCAAAUAGUUUGCGGCUUUUAUUUUACUGUCCAUUUGUCAUCUCCCUGUUUUCCCCCAGAUUGGGAAGAGCUGCUAUUUUCUUACCAGCAGGUCUUUCCUGCCAGCCUUCCACUCAACUAGGGCACCUUUGGAUAGACAAAGGUGCAGUGCGAAUAGGGUUCUUGACAGUGAGCACCAGGAGAAUUGUGACCUGUUGGAACUCCAGUUAAAGCUGGUGCUGGAGCUGAUGACCUUGGAGGUGUCAGUUUGUUAAAAGUUGAUGAUUUGUGCGAGAAAAAUCACCAGAGUCACAGAUAAAGCAUUGUCUAACUUAGGUUUUCUUUAAGGUAGAUUUGUGAAAUGUUUUUCUUUUACAAUGAAAAAAAUGAACAACUUUUUAAAAUUCUAUACUCGCAUAAUACCUCCUGUCUUUCCUUAGCCAUUUAGGUAAAGACAGACACACACAGAAUGGGGUGGGAGAAAUAUCUAAGAGACCAAGGCAAAAGCACCCAAUUAACUUUUCAAAGUUAUUGCCUCCAGAGAUUUUAACAGCGAUGUAGAGUUUUUACAACUAAGAAUAAAUGGAACUGGUCAAGUCU